AUGGGAGGCUGGAUUGAGGAUGAGUGGAGCUGGGGGUUAUUGUGGAACCGUGAUCUUAGGGGGAGAGAACUUGACCAGCUGGCUUCUCUUUUUGAUAUUAUCGGAAAUGUUCAAAUGAUCGCAGGAAAAACAGACACUUGGAAGUGGAAGGCAGCUGCAUCCGGAUCUUUCUCCGUUAAGACGGCUUACAAUUCUUUGAGUGUGGCAGCAGGACGGUGCAUCCGUAGCACUUUUGGAUUUGAGUGGCAGCAGAUUUGGAAAGCACCAGCUUCGUUUAAGGCUAUAACAACGGCCUGGAAAGUUCUUAAACAAAGGAUGGCGACAAGUGACAACCUUCAAAAAAGGCAUGUCGCGAUCACUAGUUCAGAGGCGAUAUGCAUUCUGUGUAAGUUGAAAGAAGAGUCGAUUGAACAUCUUUUCUUCGAAUGCCAAAAAUCGGUGGAAAUUUGGAACGAAAAUUUGAAAUGGAUUGGGAAACAGGCAGUUAAUCAGCAUACGGCAAAAGAACAUUUUUCAGCUUUCACAAAUCUUGGUAGGAAGGAGGACACCUCAUUUCUUACCUGUGUCUGGAUCUGCACUAUUUGGUGCCUUUGGAAACAAAGAAACGGAUGCAAGUUCAAUCAAGAUUUAUGGAGCAAAGACAAGGUGGUAGCGGAAAUCAAGUCUAGAUUGUGGAGCUGGAGGAUGGCUUUUACCUCCAUUUCUUCGGCAAUGGUUUUUAGGCAGUGGUGUGCAGCGGUCAAUCUGUCCGACCGUGGCUGA